UCCUCGCAGGCGUCCUCAAGUUCGCCCGGCUGAUCAAGUCGUACGAGUCGCAGGACCCGGAGAUCGCCAGCAUGUCGGGCAAGCUCAAGGCCAUGUUCCUGCCGCCCAUGACGCUGCCGCCGCACGGGGCCGGGGCGGCGGAGUCGCUGCCUCCUGAGCGCUCGGAGCUCUCCCGGUGCACCCGCACACCUCCUCCCAAGGUGCAGGUCUGGGCAGCCUUGGGUAUGGAGUGCUUGAACAAGGGAGACAGUGUCCUGAAAGGAGCCGGGAUGCUUUGUGCCCGCGCGUGUGUCGGCUCGUGAAUAAAGGAUGUGUUG